AUGGCCAAGACUAGGAAGAUAAAGGUGAUGACAGGGAUAAGGAAUAUGAUGGUGUUAAAGCAUCUGGCUGAGAGGAUACAGUUUGGAUCCUUGCAAACAAAAGGUGCGCGAACGAAAGGCACACCUAUCGCUAUCCCCAAAGAUGUGAAGGAGGGGCACUUUGUGGUCCUUGCCUUCGAGAAAGGCGACAUUAAGAGGUUUGUAGUGCCAUUGGGCUGUUUGAGACACCCAGCAUUUAUGAGACUCUUGGAACAAGCUGAAGAGGAGUUUGGGUUUAACCAGAAAGGAGCUCUGGUCAUCCCUUGCCACCCUAGUGAGCUUGAGAGCAUCUUGUCUGAGCAGUGGAUUGAGUAA